AUGGACUCGAACUAUGGUACAGGUGAAGGUAUUGUGCUGAGAGGUCAAAGUACAAACCGGGUCUCCCUGCGUGAGAAGCGGAAAUCAGAAGUUCUCAUAGCUGCAAAAUCUCUGGACAAUGAGGUACAAAAUGUUAAAAAUUUGAAAAGAAUUUCUAUUGGCUCUAUAGACCUUUUGAUGGACCCAGAACUAGAAUAUAGGGUAAAUGCGACAAGUAGUACCAGUAUUCAGAACAAAAAUCGAAAUUCUUGGUCUUCAGGAUCGUCAUCAGGCGGGGAUAUCGAAGAGAAUGAUAGACCGGAUGUAAAUGAUUCAAACUCUGGAAAAGGUGUUGCGUUGCAUACUGUACAAUCAGAGGACUCUUUUGAAAAUAGUUUUGAAGCAACUACUGCGGAGUAUUUGGAUAACGAGCAUGGCAAUUCUGAAAGUGAGGAGAAUAAAUUGGUUCAUAGUCAGGAACUGGAGCCAUCUCCCUUUCCCGCGAAUAGAGAUCUGUCAGGCGUGGGGUCAUUGAGAAGAGGCGCCCAUAAGGUGCCUACUAGGAGGCCAUCUUCGAAUAGAACCUCUAACAGCAACACAAGUUCCAGCACAUCUUUGACUCAGAACUUGCUCUGGGUCCCUGCGGACCAACAUCCUAACGUUAAACCAGAGAAUUACUUGGAACUUGUACAGGAUACUUUGCAUAACAUAAAAUUAGAAGAUAAGACUGAUCACCUGGUUGAAACCAACGCAAAUAAAGAGAACCUGGAUGUUUUGGAUAAGUUGCCAGCAGAUUUCUCAAGGAAGCAUGAAUCUUUAGUGCGAAGACCAUCGGGCUUGAGAAAAUCAUAUACCGAGUUUGAAAAUGAGCUAGAUGUAGAUUCUGAAAUUGAAUGGCAGACAAGGCCCCGGUCAUCUACAGAUCCCGCCAGACCCAUUUCUUUGAAGGAUAUCACUGAAGAACUUACCAAGAUAUCAAACAAAGCGGGAUUAACAGAUUCGGAUGCUGUUACUCUUGCAAGAACUUUGAGCAUGUCCGGAUCAUUUGGUGAUGAUGAAUCACUAACAAAUAAGAGUCGAACAGAGAACACUAACUCGAAACUAGCCGCCAGCGUUAACGAGGAUGAUGAAUUUGCAUCAAACAUGUUUAUGAAGCAUGGAUUUGUGAUCCCUGCCAGGUCUUCACUACGGAGAAGCAAGUUUAAUACAUAUAGGAAAAGGACUAUGGAGGGCACUCUUCAAUCGGAUAGACAUACUGAAAAUUCAGGGAAUGCCGCAUGUGAUCCGAUUUCUAAUCAUAAGCAUCUAGAAAUGGAGCCUAAAGUCAUUUCAGAUCGAUCAAGUCUUCAUGUUGAGGAAACGGAGCAAAAAAAAGAAAACGUUUCACUCUUGACUAAUUUAGUUGAAAGUAACUCCAGUAUUACAUCUCCAAGCGCAGCAAGUGACUUUCAAGACUUGUAUGAUCAUUACCGCCAGUCUAGCAUAGAUUGGCAGAAAGAGGGUGAACAAAAAAGUGAAGAAAAUGCACAGGAACUCAUAGAGGACAAUACAUGCCUGAAAAAUGUUAGAAAUGAAUCGAGGGACUCACCACAAAAAAAAAAUGAUUGGCCCUGGAUGAAUGACAUGGAAUCGGAAAAGACCUCUCCAAAUGCCAAACAACUUACUGAAAACAAUGACGUAAAAAGUUUCGAUGAUGACUUCAUCAAGGCAACAAAACAUUCAGAACAGGAAUUCGAAAGACUGGCACCAAUACGUAGUAAUCAUUCGAAGAAUAGACAUCAACCAAUUCUACUACAGAAAGACUCUAAACCUUCCCCAAAAAAGACGCCGGACAACGCGUCGAAGAAUAAACAUAGCGAGGAGAGCACAGCGCUGUCCAACUUCAUUAACUCCUCGACUUCUGAUAAAAGACAGCGGUUGGAGAUGAAGUUCGUAAGUUUAUUUAAACGCAAGGGAAAAAGUAAAUCAAAAUCGGUUAGUAGCACAAGCAAAAAGCAUCCUCAUUCAGAACCAAAGGGAAAAGUGUCCUCUCAAAUCGGUCCAGAUGAGGCAGAAGGAAGAGAACUCCAAGAAGAAAUGCCCGUUUUCAGCAGAAAUUCGAAAAACACUUCGAAAAUCAAGUCAGAAUCAAAAUCUGAGAACCGUCUCAGAUCGGUUCCUCACGAUUAUGCAUCUAUUCACAAGAGUAAUCAAGACAAAGAAGAACUCCCAGCUUUAAAGCCCGCUGUAAGUGUUGCAAGUACGAAGAAUGACAUUCACGUGAGUAAUACGUUAGUGGGCCCUCAAUCAGACGUAGUUAUUGAAUCUGUGCAGGAGUUGGAUGGUGAUGAUUCACAAGAUACAAGUUUGGAUCAAAGUUACAAUAUGCACACGGAACCAUUAUUAGUCGAAAAAGAUCUAAAACAAGAGAAAUCGAUAAUUUCAAACCCAAAUGACAAUCAUGGUCCUCCUGCUGCUGUGCUACCACCACGCAAGCUGAGAUUCGAGGACGUUCAGAAACCUGAAAAGCCAAACGCUCCGAUACAAUUUAGCGAUAGCGCAUUUGGAUUCCCACUACCAAUGCUUACUGUCUCCACUGUAAUAAUGUUUGACCAUCGAUUACCUGUCAAUGUCGAAAGAGCAAUAUACAGACUUAGCCAUUUGAAGCUGAGCGAUCCCAAGCGAGAGCUCCGGCAACAAGUAAUAUUGAGUAACUUCAUGUAUGCAUACCUUAACCUGGUAAACCAUACGUUAUACAUGGAACAAGCUUCGCAAGAUCAAAGCAUGAUUUCACUUGAAGAGGACGAAAGCAAUGCUGGAAGCGCUUACAGAACAGAACACAAUGCUGCCGACGGAGCAAUCUGUAUACCGGAGAUUUGA